CGAUGUCCGCAGUGAGGCAGGCGUACGUCUACCUCCUCGUGGCGUGCACCCUGGCUCUGGGCUGGGUGUGGCUCACGAGCGGGAGUCUCGCCAGCCCAGAGGGACUCGUGCAGCAUGUGGUCGCUCCCGGGCGGGCAGGUCCAAGACCUGCGACGUCUAUGAAUUUGUUGAGGGUGCCUGCUCUGUCAGAUCCGGAAAGUUGUCAGAGGGUCUGCCUGAAGGAGGUCAACGGAGAUUCCGAUAACAAGUCGAGGCGGGAUUUCGUGGACCGUUUCCCAGAGAUGGCCAGGUUCCAUAAGCCGGGGAAUGUUGCCAAGCUGACCAAAAUGCUGGAGGCGCUCCCAGCAGCUGACAGGGACGAGCUGAUAGUUUCUGUGAGGUAUCAGUUUAAGGGCACGAAGGCGAUGUCAGACUUUGCCAAAAUCGAAGCUUCGUUCAACACGGGCAUCUCUAUGUAUCAGAACAUCUUGGCACGGGCCAGGGCGAACAAUUGUUCGCGGAACAUGUGGACCCCGUUUCAGUGCAAGGGGGGGCGCAGGAUUGCAGGUAUUAGGAUUAAUCAUUUGGCGCAGGACACUUGGAAGUUGGAUCGCGUGCGCCGCAGCGCUUGCAUGCAUGGCUUCGAAGUCAACUGGACCGACAGCGUCUGGCCUGGAGUGAUAGUGAAGGAGCGCCCCGAGGUGCUCACCAAUGCUAUCCGAAUGAAGUACACUAAGCCUCCUGGGACAGACAAGCUCGGGAAUGUUGGGGCGGCUCUCGCACACGUCACGCUGUGGGAGGAUCUGUCCACGAACUACGACCCAGACGACGUCUGGCUGGUGAUGGAAGACAACGUCCUGUUCAAGCCCGAGUCGCUCGCGGGGAUGUGCAUAACGAUCACCGCGGCCGGCGACUUCGACGUCCUGAACCUGAGUGUGUUGCGGCCUAUUCUGGAAGGGCGGAAAAGAACCAGACAUCCGACAGUGUGUGUGUUGUUUUCGAUGCGCGGCGCCAAAGGUCCUGAACCCAGCGACAGGUUCUCGUCCUGGAUAAGUUUUGAUGGCCCCUGUGGAAGAGCGCAGGAGCAUACACUUCUCGGAUGCUCGUCGGGGGGCUUCCCUCCGUCCUCACCGGGGUCCCCUCGCCCCGCGCACGCCCUUCGGCGCAGGCCGCCGCUCGGAGGAUGA